GAACAGACAGUGAAAAUAUCAUGGCGGCAAGUUCAGAUAUCGAUCGUGGACCAGUGGGAUGCUGGCCGCCCGACGUUUCGCUGAUCGCACGCCACCAUUCGGCAUCUUAAGCGCUUUUGUUUUCGCUUGCCGUUUUUUUGUACACCAUUUAACUGUAAGACUACUGCCAAGGUACACGUGUCAGAGAGCUCCGAAGAUUUCGCACGGGGUGUAUUCGUCAGUGCCCUACUUUCACACGCGUUUGUAAACAAUACGGAAGAUGCGGACGUCAGUGCUCACAGUUUUGCUCAAUGUCUUCAGUAUCAUUUACGGAGGCAAAGUUUACGAAGCAAAUCCUGAUACAAAGAGACUUUACGACGAUUUACUGUCCAAUUACAAUAGAUUGAUACGUCCUGUUCGUAAUAAUACGAAUACUUUAACAGUUGGGCUUAACUUAAAGUUGUCGCAAUUAAUAGAAAUGAAUCUAAAGAAUCAAGUUAUGACAACGAAUGUCUGGGUAGAGCAGAAAUGGUAUGACUACAAAUUGGAAUGGAAUCCACAGGAGUAUGGUGGUAUAGAAAUGUUAUACGUGCCUUCCGAAAACAUAUGGCUUCCGGACAUUGUGUUAUACAACAACGCAGAUGGAAAUUACGAAGUAACACUAAUGACAAAGGCCACUCUGAAAUAUACUGGCGAGGUAUACUGGAAACCGCCGGCUAUUUACAAGUCGUCUUGUGAGAUUAACGUGGAAUAUUUCCCAUUUGAUGAGCAAUCAUGUAUUAUGAAGUUUGGUUCGUGGACCUAUAACGGUGCUCAGGUAGAUCUGAAACAUAUGAAGCAAGAGGGUGGUAGCAAUCUGGUUGAAAUCGGCAUAGAUCUCAGCGAUUUUUAUUUAUCAGUGGAAUGGGAUAUUCUUGAAGUACCAGCAGCACGCAACGAAGAAUAUUAUCCAUGUUGCGAGGAACCUUAUUCAGAUAUCACAUUCAAUAUUACGAUGAGAAGAAAAACUCUAUUUUAUACUGUUAAUCUUAUUAUCCCAUGCGUUGGCAUCACGUUUUUAACGGUGUUGGUUUUUUAUUUGCCCAGCGAUUCUGGUGAAAAGGUAUCAUUGUGUUCUUCCAUUCUUCUCUCAUUGACGGUGUUCUUCUUGCUAUUAGCCGAGAUUAUUCCCCCAACAUCGUUGGCUAUACCUUUACUUGGAAAAUAUCUAUUGUUCACCAUGAUUUUAGUUACUCUAUCCAUUUGGAUUACAGUGUGCGUCUUAAAUGUACAUUUCCGAUCGCCUUCUACGCAUAAUAUGUCGCCGUGGGUGAGACAAGUGUUUCUAAAUUGGAUGCCGAGAGUAUUAAUGAUGCGUCGCACACCAUACUCUACGCCAGAAUAUGAUGAUACUUAUAUGGAUAGCGCAUAUACUAAUGAAAUAGAUUUCAGUGUAAGCGAUUAUCCUUUGGAAUUGAAAGGAAGCCCAGAUGCAUUCGAAAGCGUCACUUCUACAUACAAGAGUAUUAGAGAUGAUGAGGCACGACACGUGCCACAUGCAUCAGUUACUGACAGCGAAAAUACGAUGCCGAAACAUUUAUCCCCAGAUGUCAUAUCAGCUCUCAAGGGUGUGCGUUUCAUUGCUCAACACAUAAAAGAUGCGGACAAAGAUAAUGAGGUCAUAGAAGAUUGGAAAUUCGUAGCUAUGGUUCUGGACAGAUUCUUUCUUUGGGUAUUCACUAUCGCGUGCAUUGGUGGUACAUUAGGAAUAAUAGGUCAAGCUCCUAGUCUGUACGACACCCGACACCCUGUGGACCAACGACUCUCUGGUAUAUCAUUACGCAAUUACAUGCAUCCACCGAAUGUAACUUUUAAUUUAGAGUAGUUAAUUAUUAUCAUGUUAAAGUGAUUCGAAUGUAAAAAAAAUACAGUAACACAUCACAUCCCUCCAUUCAAUAGUAACACAUUACACUCUUUUAAAUACACUUGGCACAACAUAUACACAGACACUUUCGCUCUCUACAUCUACAUAUAUCUGCCAACCAAAUUUAUCCAUAUUUCUUAAUGAAAAUAAUUUCUCCAUUCUCCUCAAAAAAGCGAAAUAUUAAAUAAUCGCCGCAAUAAAAACAUUUUUCUCCUUUGAGUGAACAUAAUUGUUAUAAUAUUGUUACAUCCCCGCGUCCUUUUAUUGCAGAUAUAUUCGCCACCCGUUGAAGUAUAUCCGCAAAAAAGGGACGCGGGAAGGCAACACUAUAUUAUCAGAUAUCAGGGUAACACAAUCAGUGUAAGGGCAAAAUUUAUAAUACAUAUGUAAGAAGCUUAUAGUGAGCAACUAUCCAGUCACAUAAUUUUUUUCUACUUGAAAUCUCCGUUCAUAUAUUAAUCAUGAUACAAAAAUUAAAUAAUGGCAUAACUUAAGUCAUUGAUUAAGGCUUCCAGUCCUUCAUAGCUACAAUGUUAGAUCAUGAUGCAAAAAAUGGCAUAAUUUCUUCUUCAUACUACGUAUAUCGAAGUAAAUUAAUUUUGUCAGUAUUCCAGAUUAGAUUUAUGAGAUAUAUUUAAUGUUUUUUUUUUUUAUCAUAAAUCUCAUCGAUAAAUCUCAUCGAUAGCUCACUGCAUUGAUAAAUUCAGUAUAACUGUAAUAAGAGAUCAAGAAGAUCUUAAUUAUGAUUAAAAUAAGUAUUUUCAAACAUAUUUUUCAAACAUGUUGAACUUAAAUAAAUAACAAGCUAAUUGGGAAUAAGAUGAUUAAAGCAUGAAUUUGACAGUUUGAUCAUGAGAAAUUUUAUCAUGUUUAAUAAGUUUUAAAAAAAUAAGA